AUCACAUGUCACAUGUCAACUUUAGUUUCCAUUACUUUUAUUGAAAGCUUACCUUGUUUGAUACAAGUUUUAUAUCUAAAUAAAUACAGAAAUACUGUAUUAGUGUAAGUGUAAAUUGUUAGACAUUUAACAAAAUAUUAGCUAUCAUGGCUAUGACAUCUUCACAAGUGAAGAGAGAACAGCAGAACAAUUUAACCGGGGGUACCGGUUGGCCAAGACGAAACAGCCAAACGGCUCAGCAAAAUAAUACAGUAGUGAGUAAUCCUCCACCAACAAAUACUUUUACACCUGCGGCAAUAAACCGAAUCAUAAACUUAUAUCCUUUAACAAACUAUAUAUUUGGUACAAAAGAACCCUUAUUCGAGAAAGAUCCAAGUGUACCUGCCAGAUUCCAACGGAUGCGUGAUGAAUUCGAUAGAAUCGGAAUGAGAAGAAGUGUGGAAGGUGUAUUAUUAGUGCAUGAACAUGGUUUGCCCCAUGUACUUCUCUUGCAACUCGGAACAACUUUCUUCAAACUUCCGGGUGGAGAACUAAAUCCUGGAGAAGACGAAGUUGAGGGCUUGAAGAGACUGUUAACUGAGACUUUAGGCCGUUUAGAUGGUGUCAAACAAGAGUGGGUUGUAGAAGAUAUCAUUGGUAAUUGGUGGAGGCCCAAUUUCGAACCACCACAGUACCCGUAUAUUGCUUCCCAUAUAACGAAACCUAAAGAACACAAACGUUUGUUUUUGGUUCAGUUACAAGAAAAAGCGUUAUUUGCAGUUCCAAAGAAUUAUAAGCUAGUAGCUGCCCCACUUUUCGAAUUAUUUGAUAAUUCACAAGGAUACGGACCUAUUAUCUCCUCGUUACCACAGGCUUUGUGUAGGUUCCAGUUUAUAUAUAUGUGAAGAUUAAAUUUUAGUGAUUAAUUCUUUUGUAUUACAGACUAUAACUUCAUUACAUUGUAAUAUGGAUUAGAUGUAAAGAACUCUAAGCUAUUUACAUUAAAUAAGCUAAUUUAGGUUUAACGAUUGUGUUAUCAGUUUGUAACAUUGGCUAUAUUUUAUAAGAAGGUGUCCUAAUGGUUAACUUCAUAUAUUUUGACAAAUAUAAUUUUUUUCAGAUUGUA